UAAGUAAGCUGCAGUUGAUCGUCCACCACCGAAGGCACUAGAAGUGCACUAGUAGCACGAACUAUAUCGGGAUGCGGGACAUAUUAAUCACGCUGCUGCUCCUGCAGAUCGUCGGAUCGCUGCAGGGCCAGAUGCUACCGAAGGAAGUUAAAAAGUGUCGCUUUGGAGAAUCUCAGUGCAUCGUGGAUUCGAUGAACUUCCUGAUAAAGAAGUUUCCGCGGGGAAUACCGUCGCUGGGACUGAAACCCAUCGAUGUGGUGGACAUCAGAAACUCCAAGUUCUGGAACGACGAGAAGGUGGGUGCGUUCUGGCUGAAGUUCGAUUUGUUCAAUCAGGUGAACUACGGCUUCGAGAACACGACGAUCACGAAGGUUAAUGGCUUCGAUGAGAACCCCACCUCCAGCCUGAUCGAAAUACACGGUCGGAUACCCAGUCUCAUCCACAAAGGCAGCUACUUCUCUCAAGGAAGAGUGUGGAUUGUGAAGCUGAAUUCCACGGGAGAAUCCUUUUCGGACUUUCAGAACUUUCGCUUUGUCCUCAAGCUGAAAGUUAUCAUGGAAUAUCGGAACAACAAGCGUUACUUAAAGAUUUACGAGCUAACUCCCUUUGUUAAUAUGGAUCGAUGGGUCUUCUGGCUGGACAACUUUUUCGAAUCGAACACCGAUCUGACGAUAGCCAUAAACCAGGUGUUCAACCUGCACUGGGUGGAGUUUUGGAACGAGCUGGAGCCCAAAAACCUGAAAAUAUUCGCUAGUGUGUUCCGCGAUAUAUUUGAGGAUAUCUUCGAAAAGGUCUCCUACGAUGACAUGUUCUUACCGGUGCCCAAAGACUCCGCAGUUAACGAUUAAAGUCGUCAUAAGCAA